AUGACCGAGUAUUUCAAUUAUGGUCCUCACAUGAAUCUCGGAUCGAACCACUGGCAACCGUCCGAGUGAGUCGCAAAAAAGCGGAGAAAAUGCGCAAGCACACUGUCUCCCCUUCGGCGAAAAAAAUUUUCGCGUCCUUUUUUGCGUGCGGCUCUCAGUGUCGAUUUACGGGAUACGUUUUUUCAACUGAAAAUGAUGUUUUUCCGAGUUUUUGGGAUUAUGCACAGUUUUCCUUCAAAACUUUUGCCUCACGUUUGUUCAUAUGACUGAUAGCUACAAAAUGAUCACAGAGUGCUCGUGUAAAAGUGAAAAUUCGAAGAGUAAUUUCGUUAUUUUUUAAAUUUGGCUUGAAAAACGAAUUUUCGGAAAUUUUGAGAAAACAGUUGCCUCACGAUUGUUCAGCAGACAACGGCGGUCAUUUUGAGCACAGAGACGGCCCAUAAAAUGCAAAAAUGACUGAGAAAUUUCAGUUUUUAAAGAUCCGGACUUAAAUUCACAGAAAAUUGUAAUAAUGCGCGCUUUCCAGUGAGCAGUACGCUAAUUUAAGGUCACAGCUGCCAUUAACAAUUCGGAAAAUCUCUGUUUUACAUCAUUUUUCUAAUUUUCGGAUGAAAUUUCGGGUUUUCGGCAAAAAAUCCAGAAAUUUCAGACCUGCUUUUGUUUUCAACGACACUCCGUUUUAACGCGGCGCUCAAUUUAGCAUUAGCUAUUGGGGAGACAGUGAGGCACGCACAAAUUUGCAGUCCGCCGACACUGCCGUCGGAGUACCUCGACUCGCGGCCGUCUCCGAGCCCGCCGUCCGAUCUGGGAUCGCAUUGGCGAAAAAUUUCGGCCGCGAUAACGCCCACAUCGAAAUGCUCAAUGUCUGGAGUCUCGGAGAGCUCGGACGACUCGAGAAUUUCCGUCAAAAACGCGUCGCUUCGACUUCAAAACGAGGGAAUCGAGGAGCUUUGUCAGGUGGGUAAUCCGAAGCGUGGCCGCACUUUUCCUCGUCCACGGCCGCCUCAUUUUCAGAUCCUGCCGCACGUCGAACAUCAGCUCGGCGACUGGCUUCUCGAGCACGUCGAGCAGUUUGUGGGCGACCAGGAGCAGGACAGAAAGCACUGGAGCGGACUGAAAAAGAUCGGGAAGUACUUUGGCGAAAUAACUGGCGGAUCCAUCGAUGAGAUUGACGAGAAAGCGGCCGAGUUUGUGCGAAAAGUGCUGGAAAUGCGGAUGCGCAUGGCGAAAAAGACGGCAAUCGAGGAGUUUGUGCGGAAAAGCGAAGGAUGCGUCGAGCAGUUGGAGCAGGCGGUCGAGCUGAUGCACGAGAAUCGGAGGAGGGUGCGCGAGUUGACGAAAAAGGUAGGCUUUGAACGAGUAUUGUAGACUUCACAAUAGUCCUUUGAUUCUGAAACUUGUUUUGUGAAAUCUUCACAUCGAAUACUUUAUUUUGAUAGUUGACACUUUUUCUGUACAACCACUCCCAGAGAUACUGUAGCGCUUGGAACUGAAAUACACAUAGACGUGGGGCGUCUUGACUUUGAAGCGCUGUAGUACGUUAAAGACUGGUCCUGGAAAAAAGUGGUGAACAACAAAAAUGUAGUAGCAGACAGCGCCUACAUUUUGGUAAUUGACAAGUUUUUUGUACAACCACUCCCCGGGGUACUGUAGUGUUUGGAAGUUGGCGCUUUCCGGAAGAAUCAGAUUUUCAGUGCCAACUUCCAAGGACCACAGUACCCUUCAGAAGGGUUGUAGAGAAUAAUGGUCAACUAAAAAAAUGUGGUACUAGAUGUCAAGAUUUCAUUCAAACUAGUUUGGAAGCCAUCACGCAACUUGUGGCUCUACAAUACUCGUUCAAACCUCUCACUCUUCCAGCUUCAUCAAUCGCCACCUCGAUCGGCUGCGGACCGUACCGCCCAACUUCUCCGCGCCCUCACCACCACUAUCCGUAGCCUUCAGCUCACGGACCAAGAGCUCGGAGCCCUGGAGCAUGUCAUUCAACUGGCGGGACUCGAUGCAAAGGCCAAGUGCGCGCUGCUCUCGCGCAACCUCUUGUCCAUUGUGAGUUGCUGGCCGAACGAGGGAUCCAAGUGCUCGCUGAGCUCCCGUUCCUGGCCGAGUCUUCCUCAUUUGGCGUCGCAGGCCCCUCCGAAUCUCUAUCCGACUUCUCUGUUCGAUCCGAGCACCGACGGCUCGAAUUUGUCGGAUUUGGACGCGACGUUGCGUGCCGCGCGUGUCAGAUUGGCCGUCGAGGGCAAGAACGGAGCGAUCGAGUGCGAGUAGGUGGACCUACAGUAGUAGCCUACAGUAAUCUUCUGUUUUUUUUUUGCAGUCCCUGGUCGACAGCCUCCCAAUUGUCCUCGUUCAACACUUCCGGCGUCUCGAGUGUUCAAUCCGUGGACUCUUGUACCGUAACCCUUCACGCCUCCCUUUAAAAUGUCUAAAACUACAGUAUCCCUGCACACAAUUCGCUGCGAGACCACUGGCUCCGCUCGAACCGCUCUCUCCCAAGAAUCGAUUGUGCGGAACGUUCCGCCGAGAUCCGCGAUCGAUUCGGAUUCCACAAAUACGGCGUCUCUCGACUUUUCCACCAUAUCCCUCGGCGAUAUGAUCGGAGACGCGGUGUACACGGCGAAGAAUGUCGGUAAGAAAAUGCAAAACGUAAGCCCAAUGCGGGGCUCGAACCCGCGACAACCAGAUUAAGAGUCUGGUGCUCUACCGACUGAGCUAACCGGGCGGCGAGAACAGCGGGGUGUGAGGGGGUAGACAUGAUGGCUGCCGGCGCGGGUCUCUCGCCGCCCCUCCACCCUCAACAAAAUUGUGUGUAUUUCAGCGGGAAGUGAGGCGAACAAGUUGUUGCAGACGGUUCAGCGAUCUUUUGGGGUAAGAUUUUCAAUUUUGGCUAACAUUGCGAAAAAAUGUCGCACUUGCACGCGCUCUCAAUCUUUCAAUUUUCAGAGCACUUGCACCGUUUCGGAGACGCGUCCAUCGAAGAGUCCAGUGGACAAUGAUGAUGAUGAUUAG